UGUCAACUUAAAUCAUUUUUCGCCGAAAACAAUUUUCAAUCUAAUUUCCUCGAAAGAGUCAUCAUUUAAAAUUUUGUAACAAGAAUUAAUUGGUUUUAAUAGCUUUAAUUAAUCUUUUUGAAUUGUUUUGUCGUACGUGAGCACACCUGCUUGUUGAACAUGAAAAAAGGCAUACUAAAAAUGGUAGCUCAGGAAGUGGAUAAUCGACAAAUUUUAACUAUUCCACCGCCUUAUAAAAAGGAUUCAACGCCUUAUAAACAAAAAGAUUUUUGUGAUAUAACGAGGGAAAUGUGCUUUCAGUACGGGCAAGAUAUCAUUUCGGAAUUAAAAAUUUGUAAAGUUAUUAUUGUGGGUGAUUUAUCUGUAGGAAAAACUUGUAUUAUUAAUAGAUUUUGUAGACAAAUUUUUGCCACCGGAUAUAAGGCUACGAUUGGGGUUGAUUUUGAUGUUGAAAGGUUUGAUAUUUUAAAUGUGCCUUUUCAUUUACAGAUUUGGGAUACAGCUGGACAAGAAAGAUUUAAAUCAAUAGCCCAAUCUUAUUAUAGAAGCGCUCAUGUUAUAAUAGUAGUUUUUGAUUUUACCUCAAUUGCAACAUUAGCCCAUUGCAAAAAAUGGCUGGAAGAAGCUUUGGAUGCAUCAAUGGACAUGGAUCCUUUCUUAUUCCUCGUUGGAUCAAAAAUCGAUUUGGUGUCAAACGCAGCUUAUAACAACAUAGAACAAUCAGCGAUGGAUUACGCUAAAAAGUUAGAUAUGGAAUAUUGGCCAGUUUCCUCAAGAACUGGAGAUAACAUCUCAAAAUUAUUUUUGCGAAUCGCCAGUUUAUCUUUUGAUAAAAUUAUUUCUAACGAAAAAUUGGAUUCAUUAAUUCCAUCUAAGCCAAUUGUGUUCAAUCAAAAAUCCGUUGAUGAUGAGAAAAAAUUAAUUGGAAAAUGUGUUGAUGCAAAAUGCAAGAAUUUUUAAUUAACAUUAAUAACAAAGAUAUAUAAAUAAUAUAUAA